AUAACAUGUAUCUGAUAAUUUUAGUUUUGUUUAUUUCUUUCAGAAAUGGACUCUGUCUUUCAUUCAUUACUAAAUACAAAAGAAUUGAAUCACUAGAUAAUCAGAUAUGUCAGGCGGGCAACAUUAUGUUUGAUGUAAAGAACAUUAAAAGCAUUGGUGAAUGUUCCUUAUUAUGUUCUAGCCGUGGGGAAUGUGAGAGCAUAUCGUUUAAGCAGUCUACGUUACAAUGUAUCGGAUGUGACAACCAGAUUAUUAAUAACAGUGUAAUGGACAUUUUUGAUGGUUCCGAGUUCUACAAAAAAGAAAGGUGUCCUGAUGCUGAUGGUUUUAUCCAACCGGAAAUGACAUUUCGACUGAAAUUCUAUGACGGGACAUUUUCACAAGAAGACGCUCAGUAUGUGUGUGGAAAUGCGUUGAAUGGACGCCUUGCGGUCAUUGAUGCAGAAUGGAAACUGAAAACAAUUUCAAACAUGUUGAUGUCCUGCUCUGGUUACACUACAUCUGAUCACUACUGGGCAGAUGGUUUCUGUGACACUGGUUCCAACUUACCGGUAUGGAAAUUUACAGACGGGCAGGACAUCCCUAUGACGCAGACGACAUUGUGGAAAUUGAAUGCACCUAGCGGAUGCAAUUCUCAUUGUCUAUUACUUACCGAUGAUGGGGACAUGUACAGAUUUAACAAUAACAAUUGUGUUGCCUUAAAUAAGUUCAUUUGUGAAUAUUGAGUUUUUGUAAUGCAUAAAGUUUCGCAGGUGAUGAAAACGUACACAUGAAAAUAGCUUAUGUCGCCUUAUCUAUACACUAAAUUUACUUUAUUAAACAAACAGAAUCUUCAUUACGGGUAUUUCAACUAUUUGUUGUUAUAUAUCAAAUAAUGAUAGAAAUGAUAGAAAUGCUAUUGGACCAUUUUCUAUUCCCACGAAAGUAACCCGUUCAUGAACUACAAUUUGAUGCAGUGUUCUUCAAGAAAUUUUUGUCGUUGUGUUCAGAAUUGUUAAAUGAUAAAGAAAUCUUCCUUAAACAGAAUCAAAACAACACUAUUUAAUAUACAAACACUUUUUUGAGUUUGGCUAUGAAUGGGUGUUACCUCGGUCAAACCUUCACUGGUCAACAUGUCCAAUUGUCCACAAUUAUAACACAUAGUUUGAACACCAUCAUAUGUACUUCUACACCUAUGUUGUUUUUGUGACAGUAGUAUUAAUAGAGUCAAAGUAUUUUUCACAUUUACCGUUUUCAACACACCAGUGUUUUAUAUACUUUAUGCUUGAUUUA